AUGAGUGAUCUGGACAGGGCGAUCGCUCAGCUGCGAGCAUGCCGGCCAAUACCAGAAUCAGACGUCCGCGAACUCUGUCACAAGGCCCGGGAAAUCUUGAUCGAAGAAGGAAACGUAGUUACAGUUAAUGCGCCGGUAACGAUAUGUGGAGAUAUUCAUGGCCAGUUUCACGAUUUGAUGGAACUGUUCCGCGUCGGCGGCGAUCCUCCCGAUACCAAUUAUCUUUUUAUGGGUGAUUUCGUUGACCGUGGCUUCUACUCGCUCGAAACAUUCUUACUUCUUCUCUGCCUUAAAGUUCGAUACCCCGACCGCAUGACCCUCAUCAGAGGCAACCACGAAUCACGACAGAUCACAACCGUAUACGGUUUCUACGAUGAAUGUUACAGGAAAUAUGGCAGCGCAAAUGUUUGGCGCUACUGCUGCGACGUGUUCGACUAUCUCGCCUUGGGCGCUCUUGUUCUCGGGGCCUCCAAUACCAUCUCACCAAGCGCCGGCGAAGGAACAGUGGGCAACCCAGCCGGCGCCGUUCUAUGUGUGCACGGCGGCCUUAGUCCGCUGAUAGACAAGGUUGACAAAAUCAGGCUGCUGGACCGAAAACAGGAGGUUCCACAUGAGGGUGCUAUGUGCGACCUCUUGUGGUCCGAUCCGGACGAGAUUGACGGUUGGGGGUUGUCGCCUCGGGGUGCCGGCUUCCUCUUUGGUGCCGACAUCGUCAAAGUGUUCAAUCAUCGCAAUGACCUCAGCCUGAUUGCCCGUGCCCAUCAGCUGGUCAUGGAAGGUUUUAAGGAAAUGUUCGAUGCCAGCAUCGUUACCGUUUGGUCAGCACCAAAUUACUGCUAUCGUUGCGGAAACGUUGCUGCACUUCUUGAGCUAUCGGAAGACGAUUCGGGCUUGGGUGUGCUUGCCCGCAGUAAUGGCGAUGUCAAUCGCAGUAAUGGCGGUGCAGGAUCUUCUGGAGGGCUCGGGGAGGGUGAGCUACAACCGAUGAAGGGUCCAGCAAGGCGUUACCGGGUCUUCCAGGCGGCUCCUCAGGAUUCAAGGGGAAUGCCAGCCAAGAAGCCAGUGGCCGACUACUUCCUGUAA